CAUUUUACUCUUUUGAGAAAGUCGAGGGGGACUGGAGAAAGAGUCCGCAGCAUAAAACCGUUUUCGGAGCAACUGCACAAGUCAACAUGGCUAGCGAAGAAAGUUCGACCAUUCCCAAGGAAAAUCAAGUCACUCAAUCCAACGAAGAAACCGAAACCAUGGCUUCUCAAAGGGAUAUUGAGAAAUUGGAAGAAGAGAAGUUGAAAGCUCGUUACAAUGCCCGCCCUGUAACUGGACACUCAGCAUUCUUGCAAAAGAGACUUGCCAAAGGCCAAAAGUACUUUGACUCUGGAGAUUACCAAAUGGCAAAACAAAAAGGACCAGCUAAAAUACCAACUGCAGCAACAACAGCAGUAAUCCCACCUGCCAAUCUUGGACACCCAACUGGGGAUGCCAUUCCAACUCCGGAAUCUGUUCCUACCAGGAAAACAUCCAUCAUUCAGAGCAAGUUGGCAAGUCCUGCUAUGUAAAAAGAGCAACAUCACCUGAAAGUCUUAACCGUUCGCGGGCAUGAAUUUGGUAUCGGGCAGUUUGUAUACAAUUUGGUGUAAUAUCUUCAUGAUCGUGUUACGUUUCGGUGUCUGCAUCAGUUUUUUUUUUUUUUUUUCCUUAAAUCUUUUUUAAAACAUUUUUUUCUCAAUCUUUGGCCGCGCUCUUUACUAUUUUACCGCCUCUCUUCAUUUUUUUUCCGCUUGAAAUGAUGAGAAAUAACCAGGAGUUCCGUAAAUCAGAAGACGCUAGUUAGACUCCUUUCCCCCGUUAAAAAAAUGAAAUACAUACAGUGGCACCACUUCAA